UACAAUGAUCCCAACACAAUUCUACAUUAGAACAAAACAGGAAAAGGUAGAACAUGAGUAUAAGGUUCCGAACAUGAGUAUAACUAAUUAUACUUACCUAGGAUUAUAAGGAGCAUAAAUUUAUAUUCUUCUGCUUAACUAAUUAUACUUACCUGGGAUUAUAAGGAGCAUAAAUUUAUAUUCUUCUGUUUUUCCUCACCAUUCUGGUCACUGGAAAAAUCUUCUUGAACGAGGGCUCCUCCCUCAUUCUAGAUUAAGCAGACAAUAUUGAACCCAAACAUUGAAAAUUUUCCUUUUUAUAUCUGCAUACUAACUGGCUAGCACUAGAUGCUAUAGAAUCAAUUCACCAUCUUGUGAAUCACCAUAUAUAUUUUGUUAUGUGUUCCAAUAUAUAUAUUGUGAUGCCAUCAAGCCAAGCAAAUAAAUAAAUCCAAGCAUCGUCGUCAACUGUCUAAAUUAUCAAACUUCCAAGAAUGAAUUGUUUACUGUAGAUUGAUAAAAGAUCAGCCUAACCUUUAGUUUCUCUUCUUCUUAUGCUGCUUGCCCAAUUUUGAUCUCCUUUGCUUGAACAGAUGUAGGUACAGUUUCAAGAACAAUAAUGGGUAGACAAGAAGCAGAAUCUGAACAACAAUAUUAGAGAAUGCAUAGACAUGUAAAGAAUUUUGGUCAUAAUUAAUAGCGAGUGUGAAGAAAAAGAAUGAAAAUAUUUGCAAUACCAAAUUUGGAGUUAUAUAGACUCCGUAGGUCCAUUUGCAGUUCAAAUUAGUUUAUUUUUUGUAAUCAGUUAAGAGGUUCCUCAUUGUCAAAGAUGUUAUUUCUUUGUCGGUUCUUUUUAUAUUUGGUGAUUCAUCAAUUUAGUUAGUUUUGAGGGAGAUUUCAAUUUUGAGAUUUAAUGAAGUUUUGUGGGAUUUUAUACUUUACAAAUAGGUCAUGUUUGGUUAUUGUAAAAUUUGGAGUCAGAAUUAGACAAAUAGAAAAAAAAAUUGAACUAUCUAUAUGGGGAAAAAAAAAACAAUGUAUUAACUUACAUUCUAACAACUAUCAUUAGCCUAUUAAAAUACCAAACUAUUUUGCAGAAUGCUAUGAGAAACUAUUUGAGAGAAAUGCAUGUCAGGUACCAAAAUCUUAACAUCAAGAGGAAAGGAACAAGAAUCAGCUCUACUGAGUUCUUAUGGCCGUCUUAAACAUCUCCUCUAGAAAAUUAAGAAGACUAAUCGUCAGUAAAUGAAAGAGGAAGAAGAAGAUGAAGAUGAAGAAAAAGGGGCUAUUUGUUUUCCCACUUCAGUCUAGAUUAACAGGAACUCUAUAUUCAUAUCAAUGGCUGAACAUAGCUCGAGAAAAAGAAUGGGAUGUCUGCCUAGAUACAUGUGCAUUGGGGCCAAAAGACAUGGAAACUUUAGGCCUCUCUCUCUUCAAGCCUGAAUUUCUAAUUUCUUCUUUCUAUAAAGUUUUUGGCGAAAACCCAUCAGGAUUUGGCUGUUUGUUCAUCAAGAAAUCCAAUGUUUCAUUCAUGGAGAGUUUAAUAACCUCACCAGCAAACAUUGGCGUUAUAAGCGUUAUCUCAACAUCACCAUUAUUUCCAUUUCCAGAAGAACCAGAAACUCAACAGAUUUCAAAACCCAGCAUAGAAAUUCAAAAUUUAGCUAUAUCAGAGUCGCGAAAUUCACCUGAAAUCAUGAAAGCCACAGAAAUCGAAGAGGAAGAACUCUCAUUCACAGGAAUCGUCCAAUUGGCAACGCCCUUCGAAUCCACUCGAUCAACAAACACAGAAAUGAACUCAAACCUGGAAUGCAGAGGCUUGGAUCACGCAGAUUCAGUAGUUCUAAGACUGAUAAACAUUAGAGGAAGAUACUUGAUCAAUUGGCUCACAAAUGCAUUGAUGAAUCUUCAACACCCAAAUCCAGAAGGAGGAAUUGCUAAAGCCCUAGUGAGAAUCUAUGGCCCCAAAAUCGAAAUUAAUCGAGGACCCGCGGUGGCAUUCAACGUAUGCGACGGUGGUUGUUAGGUUGGGCAGAUGAUGGUGCUGCAGACGAGGACGACGAGAGUUAGGGUGAGAGACACGAGAGAUAGACGGUGUUCUUCGAUUUUGUUAGGGCUGAGAGAAAUGAUAAAUUGGGUGAGAGAUAAUUUGAAAUUAGUUUUGAGAAAGAGAGGGAAUUGAAAUUUUGGAAGGAAAUUUGAAAACCAAUUUUGCAAAAAGAGAGGGAAGUGAAACGUAAGGGUGGCUAGACCGGUUGAACAGAGCACGAAGAAACGAUCGAAGCAAAGAGUGGGAAAAGACAAGCGGUGCAAUGGGCUUCAC